GUGCAUUUUCAAAUUUUGGGCGGUGCACGGAAGUAAUUAGCGUUUACUUACGGCCAAAGCACGGGACCAAUGUUGAAAUUUUUAUAAAAAUUGUGCCAACGAAAUUCCAUCGUAAAUAUUUAAUUUUCAUAAUGAUUCUAAAGUUGAUCCUUGAACCUGACUGCCUUAAAGUUUGCGACAUGUUACGUCGGUUUAAUUGCAAGCUUAAUUACUCGAAGGUGUAAAGAAUCAAGAUGAGGAAGUUCUGCGGCCACCUCGAUGAUUCUGUUACCGAUCCUACUCAAAUCGAUACGAUUUUAAAGCUUAUAGCCCCCGACGCAAAAUGUACGGAUUGCAACUGUGCAGGGCCCAAUCUGUGGCUCUGCCUCUACAGGACCUGUUUUCACACCGGCUGCAGCGAGAAAUCCAACGAUCACAGCACCCUGCACAAUACCAAAGAUCCGAACCAUUGUAUCCACAUGAACCUGUCGACGCGGCGUGUGUGGUGCUACAAGUGCAAGAGGGAGGUCUUCCUCGAUAGUUACCGCGACGACGAAAGCUGCGGCGUCUCGUUAAACGAAGAUUCCGGUCGUGGUAGCACCAGCACCCUCAGGGCGGGUGGCGGUAGCAGCCCGGUCGCCGCAAAAAUAUUUGAAAACAACAGCGUCGGUCUGAACGUGGGCGUGGCCGCUGAGGGAGACGCAUCCGACUCGAGCGAGGUGGGCGAUUACGGUGACUACGCUCACGUGAGGCCGGCGGGGUUGGUCGGUAUGCAGAAUAUAGGAAACACGUGUUACAUGAACGCUGCGCUCCAGGCGUUGAGCAAUACUGAGCCCCUCACUCGGUACUUUUUGGACUGCGCCCAAAUUGUGCAGAUACUGUCGGAAGGUAAGAAGCCGGGUCUGAGUCGGACGUACCAGGCCCUGGUCAGGGACAUAUGGCUGCGGAAAACCAAUCAGACUUACGUCACUCCGUCAGGUAUUUUGUAUGGUAUCAGGAACGUCCACGCGAUGUUCCGAGGGUAUCAUCAGCACGAUACACAGGAGUUCCUCAGGAACUUCAUGGAUCAACUGCACGAGGACCUUAAGCAGCCAGCACCGCCCGAGGUGACGUCAGGCGGCGACGCCGACUCAUUCAGUCUUGCCGUGGACGAGCCGCUGAGUCCGACUUCGAACUAUGACUCGAGCGAGGGGGAAUACGAGACCUGCGACUCGGGAGUCAGCGAGCGAUCGAGCCUCAGUGACGACUCGGAGAUUCCGCAGAUCGCUAUCAGUACGGCCAAGCGACGUCUGAGCAGAUGCGGCAGUCCCAGCAGGAGGCAGAGGCAGAGAGUACAAAACUGUUCGGUCAUAGAUUCUCAACCGACAACGAGUUUAUCGUCGGCCGACAAAAGCAAGAAACAGGCCAAGUACCGAUCAAUCAUAUCAGACAUAUUCGACGGCAAACUGCUCUCGUCGGUACAGUGUUUGACCUGCGAUCGGAUAUCCAGCAGGAUUGAAACAUUCCAAGACUUGUCUUUGCCCAUUCCGUCUAGGGAUCAUCUGGUUUUGUUGCACGGCAGAAACACAGCCGCGCCAAAUGCCACCUGCUCCGACGUGGUGGUACCCGCCCAGGACGGUUGGAUAUCAUGGUUCUUCGCUUGGCUGAAGUCGUGGUUCUACGGGCCGACGGUGACGCUUCACGACUGUCUAGCCGCUUUCUUCAGCACCGACGAGCUCAAAGGCGACAACAUGUACAGCUGCGAGAAGUGCAAUAAGCUGCGCAACGGCAUCAAGUUCAGCAAGGUGCUUCAACUGCCCGAGGUCCUGUGCAUCCACCUUAAACGGUUCAGGCACGAGCUGAUGUACAGCAGCAAGAUCUCGUCCGCGGUCAGUUUCCCGCUGCGCGGUCUCGACAUGUGGCCCUACCUUCAUGCCAACAUAACAUCGAAGGUGUCUACCUACGACCUGUUUUCUGUGAUCUGCCACCACGGUACCGCCGGAGGCGGGCACUACACUUGUUACGCCCUGAACGGCAGCCAGUGGUACGAGUUUGACGAUCAGUACGUCACCAAAGUGCCCGCGGAACGGGUGCAGAACUGCGAGGCGUACGUGCUGUUCUACAGGAAGACCCAGUCGGCGGCGGAGCCGGUGCGUGCCAAGGCAACCAAAAUGGCCGAGGAGAUCAUCGAGAAGGGUGGCGAGAUCAGGAAGGCAUACAUAUCCAGGCAGUGGCUCGCCAGGUUUUACAAUUGCGUGGAGCCUGGUCCGAUCGACAACACAGACUUUCUCUGUCAUCACGGGGCAUUCAACCCGGACCGAGAGCACAUCGUCGAGCAUCUGGAGUGCGAGGUACCCUACGAAGUCUACGACUACCUCCACAAGCGAUUCGGCGGCUGUCCGCCUGUCACUAGUCGCGCUACGUGUCCCGCAUGUACCGCCCUCCAACACCGACUCCUCAACGAGAUGAAGGCGUUCCUCGAGAUUAGUCGCGAAGCGCAGCUCGAGAACAGGCCUCACACUCAUUAUCUGUCAACGUCGUGGUACAAGCUGUGGCACAAUUUCGUAGAGCGAAACGCCCACGAGCCACCUGGACCCAUAGACAACACCCGGAUCGAUCUGGAACGCGUCGACCACGACGAAGCCGCGGAAGUGCCGGAGUGCGUCUGGGAUUUUUUCCACAAGAUAUACGGGGGCGGGCCCGUGCUCAAGGUCGAGCCGGAUGUGAACGAGUUAGCUGGCGUAGAGUGCGCGAGCAACGAGGACGACGACGCAGACGCGACGCUGGUCAUCGGAUGGGAGGCGCGUAAUGGGGAUGCUGAAGGCCGAGGUUGCGACACGAUGGAAGGGGAGACCUUGGAAAAGGACGACGAUAAGGAGGCGUGUCGCGGGUCGGAAGAGGAGUCGUCGAAGGUCGAGACGACGACCAAAACGAGACGAGAAGGAGGAGGUGCUAGACGGGCGAGCCGUUACCGGCGUCGGAACAUCCAUUGAAAGUGGGGGGCGUGGUUCGUUGCGUACUUUAGGAAAAUUGUUUGACGCGGGGUGGGCUGGGACGGUGUUUGUUUCUUUUUGUCCUGUGCGCGCGAUCUCGCGUCGUGCCCUGAGUUUAGUUGAAAAAAAUAAAGUAAAACCAAAGGCGAAGGACUAAAAUUUUUUCAGUAACCGCGAAAACUUCGACUGUCAACGUGUGACUUAAUAACCUUUCCUAUCGUGUCCGAUCGUCGACGGUGUGCGGCGUUUUUUCGUUUCUCUGUGAAGUUUAUGGAGGAGGGCUAAAAAGAGGGACGCCAAUCGCAAUGUUGACAAAACGGGUCUGUUGUAAUUGAGUUCUCUCAAAUUUCAGUCAUUAUUCUACUGUUUCGGCUGUGUUUUUUUAUCAACAUGGUGUACCCGAAAUACACACAUCUAAUUGAGAAAAAUCGGGGAUAGCAGAAAAUUAGUAAAAUAUUAUUUUUCCACUCCUUCCUGAUACUGCUCCGACGCGUCCAAUUUGAUUAUUGAUAAAUUUAAAAUUUAAUAGUAUUUUAACGUUUGACAAUUUUGAUAGUCAUUCAGUGAAUAUAUUCAUGCUGUUUUGCAAAAAUGUACCCAAAAACUAAUGGUCACAGAAAAUGAAGAGUAUGUCCUAGUUAAAAACUUUUCCAGACACUAGUUAAUCAGCACUCACUUCGCUGAAGGGAGUCAAUAUAGAACUUAUAUUUCCACCUAGCGAUAACUCUAAAAAAAUACGCGUUUUUUUCUUCUAUAAGAACCAGAGAAUUUUGUUCUUAUUUAGGACCGUUAUAUUCAAUGCAUUUAUAUUAAAGAAAAAAAAACAUCAAUCAUAUUAGUUAAAAUGUACAGGGAUGCAAGUGCUCAUACAUCCCAUUGCUUCCAAACAACUUAAAGAUUUGGCGAUGUACUUUCUUUACUUUGGUAAAAAUGUUAAAGACUUAUUUACCCUCCUAAGAAAACAGUCCAGCAUUACGUUUUAUCUCCUUUUUAGCUCUCUGUAAUUUCACCAGUAAAAAAAAUCAUUUACACAUCGGUGUAUAUUGUGUUCAUAUCCUAAUAAGCUUUAUAUACAGGGUAAAGUCGAAGAAAAAUUUUCUUGGUCUGCGAAGAAACAAUACUUUCAUAUUUUACUAUACACAGGGUGGGGUAGGACAAGUUUAACGUUCGUAAACAUGUAUAACGCGAUGAGUCAGGCCAUUAAUCCGGCCGACGACUUCUCAAAGAUAUUAAAAUGGAUAAGAUGUCUUGUACCGAGUUAAUUAAGCGGCAGUGUUUUUUUUAUUCUGCGAUGUCCCAUUUCCGCAUUUUGUUGUUUAACGAGGAAACUUCACAGCGGUUGUCAAGUCAAAGCAAUAAUUUGUUAAUCGUUGGAUACUUCUCCUUGUCGCGGGUUUAAUGCUGGGUGUUAUUGAUCGUUGAACGCUAUUUUUUCCAACAUUAUAUAUUUAUUAAAAAAUAAAAAACACGAGAAAGAAUAAACGAUAUA